AUGCCUUCGGUAUUUUUAACUAUUGCCGUCGUAGUGGGGCAUAUAUACGCAGUCCAUAGCCAAAGCCUUUCUUCCACGAUCGUUGGUUGUAUAGAUGUUGAUUGCCCAACAGGCCCUGGUAGCAUAACCACAGUCCAGUGCACCGUUGUCGACAAAACCUUCCACACCAUUCGUCUUGCCCCAAUCGAACUUUUACCAAGAACUACUACCUUGGAAACUCCUCCAGACACAAAUCUUACUGGAACCGGUGCUUGUGCUGUUUUCUUUGGGAAAGUCAGCGAUCGGGCUUCUUUCAGUGGCUCCUCCCGCGUCAUUGAGGAAUCGGAAGGGACUUGUCAAGAGGCAAUAGGCACCGACUGUGUUAAUGCCUUGGUCAAACGUGCGACCAAUGUUGAUGUGAAGGGCCUGGGAAAUGUCGAAGCCUGUAGCAAGCUCGAGACCGCUUUCAAGGAAAACUUGGAUGAUGCCUGCAAAUCCAUUGCAACCGACAGCAAAUGGAAGGGGUUAAGUGUUAAAGGCAAUGGGGCAGCUAAACCUAUUACUACUGCCCAGAACUCAACUUCAAACUGCUGGCCAAUUGUCCCUAAGCAGUAUGACCUGGCACUUGUCAACUCUGCUGAUACUCCGGGCGACUUCACAUCCACAUCGGUCUAUAAUAACCUCUUCGGUAUCACACCGAUCCUCACCCUCUUUUACCCAGGCAAUGGCAGUCUUAUUACUGAAGCCGAGGCCCAAAUGACAUGCAUGAAGACCAAAGGGCUUAAUAGCGCAGAGAAUGCCACCAAAGCCAACUCGGAAAACGGCGCCAACGGCGAAGAUGACGACAAAAAGAUCGCUGGGAUAUUUUACGGACCUAAUAUCGCUGCGUUGAUCAUCGCUUUGGCUUUCUGGACUCUGGCUCCUUUUUAA